AUGUCGGAAUCACAGGCCGAUUCUCCAGGCGAGUAUGUUAUGAUACGCAGCAAGAGCGAAGGCGAAAGAUUAGAUAAACAGUAUGGAGUCUGGCAAGCUAAUACCGGAUUCCUGCUACAUCCAACCAUCGCGCAGAAACAGCGGAUGCGCAUCGCAGAUGUAGGAACGGGAACUGGUAUAUGGCUACGAGAUCUUGCCAACACCUUACCAAAAAAUUGCCAACUCGACGGCUUCGAUCUCUCCGAAUCCAUGUUCUUCAAAGACACCACUAUUCCCUCGAACGUGUCGUUUUAUCAACAUAAUCUUCUAGAGCCAUUUCCAACCAAGUUUAUCGGGCAGUACGACGUCGUCAAUGCCCGUGCAUUGGUUGUUGCAUUAUCCCAUGACGAAUGGGCACCUGCGCUUCGCAAUUUGACAACUCUUCUCCAGCCCGGUGGAUUUGUACAAUGGCUCGACUGUUCAGUGACAGACUUUGUUGUCAAAGGUGCGACGAAUGAUCAGGUUCCCACGAAUGCUGAACGGUGGAUUGAACUUCUGCAAACGACCGCGAACACGCUUGGUAAAACACCCAAUGUGGCGUCUCUACACGGUCUAUUCCAGAAAAGUGGACUCGAAGCCUGUCAAGAGCAGAUCUACCAGUUGGACAAUCUCACCGUUAGAGACGUGCUCAACAGUGCUGUCCUCGAAGGAAUUCAGAAUUUCAUGAUUGCAGCACUGAAGAUUCGCAAGUUCGAUUCUGUUGACUCGGUUGAUCAAGUCAUGGAAAUGAGAAUGGCGGCGGAGAAGGAUCUGCGUGAUCUAGGCUGCUGGUUUAGCUAUAAGGUUUACGUGGUGGUGGGUAGGAAAGCUUGA